ACGUCCCUGAAAAAUGACGACCCGAAGGAGAUUCUCAAUUUGUUCUGCAAAGGUGUGUUUCCUCAUCACGUGACGACGAUUCUGAACAUCAAUAAUCCUCUGGGGAUGAAGAGGAGGACCAGUUCCAACCAGUAUAUUCUGGAACUAGCAAGUUACCUUGGAUUACCAAUUAUAUCCUGGGAUACAGAGUACAUAGUAGGCUCUCAGGUAACGAGAUAUAAUAAUAAAAAUAAUAAUAAUCACAAUAAUAAUAAUAAUAAACUUUUUGUUUCAUAAAUGUCUUAUCGGGCAUUUUUUUAAACUAUUAUUUUUUAAGUUAAUUUUAAUGUAAUCCAAAUGGAACACUAAACAAAAACGAAUUGAAUACUAAUUGAAUACCAAUUGCAUACUAAAUAAAUAUUAAUUGAAUACUAAUUGAAUCUAAUUAAAAACUGAUUGAAUACUAAUUGAAUACUCAUUGCAUACUUAUUGAAUACUAAUUGAAUUUUAAUUGAAUACUAAAUGAAUAGUAAUCAUCGAAUACAGCUUUGCGUUUUUUGUAAAUAAUUAACCUUAAAAUAGAAACCCAUAUUUUUAAUGGGUUAAAAAAUUGGUGUUUUGAUUUAUAACCUUGGCAGUUCACGGUGGGGGGGGGGGGGGGCGGGAAAGUCUGCACAGAUUUUUUGUAAAUAAUUAACCUUAAAAUAGAAACCCAUAUUUUUAAUGGGGUAAAAAAUUGGUGUUUUGAUUUAUAACCUUGGCAGGUCACGGGGGGGGGGGGGGGCUGGAAAGUCUGCACAGUACGAUGCAGAGGUGCGAGCAUAUGUCUACCCCACCCACCCCCAACCAAAAUCCUAUUGAAAUGUGCCUCAAAAAGCAUUGUGUAAAACGUGAAAGCAAAAGAUACCUUGACCCGAAGAUAAACGCAUGUUCUACCCAACAAAUGGCGCUCCUUUUGAGAUGUACUAAAAUGUUGUUUGUAAGACAUAAUACAAUUUGGAUUUUGUUUGCAGAAAGGUCAAUACGUUUUUUUAAUUUAUAUUUUUAUUUCAUUUAUAGAUAUUUUUUUAGUAGCGGGCGAUAAGAGUUUUAUUUCUUUACCAAAGAACACAAAACAAAAAAAACAACAGAUAGUUUGGCCUAGUGAAAAUUGCAGUUGUUCCAAAGUGAACUGUAAAUUUGGUCUGUUCAAUAGAUCUAUUCACAGAUCAAGUACAGUUUGCUUAUUCUUCUACUUUAACAUUCAAUUUCACAUUUGCAGUUUGAUACCAACAUUUUGUUGCCAAUAAUUUUAUUAACUUAAAAGAUAGGCCUUCUGUACCUAGAAAAGAGAAACUGGGUCUACAGUAGCAAGUAAGCGAAACUUAGCCUUAAAUAGCGAGUAAGAGAAACUGGGCCUACAGUAGCGUAUAAGAGAAACUGGUCCUAUAGUGGCGAGUAAGAGAAAAUGGGCCAAGAGUAGCGAGUAAGAGAAAAUGGGCCAAAAGUAGCGAGUAAGAGAACUGGGCCUACAGUAGCGAGUAAAAGAACUUGGCCUACAAUAGCGAGUAAGAGAAACUAGGCCUACAGUAGCGAGUAAGAGAACUGGGCCUACAAUAGCGAGUGAGAGAAACUGGGCCUACAGUAGCGAAUAGGAGAAACUAGGACUACAGUAUCGUAUAAGAGAAACUGGAACUACAGUAUCGUAUGAGAGAAACUGGGACUACAGUAGCAUAUAAGAGAAACUGGACCUACAGUAUCGUGUAAGAGAAACUUUCCCCAAUCUCUUCACACAUCAACGGAGAGCAACAUAAAGGUGCAUUAGGUGUAUCCAUUACGGCACUGAUUUCGUGCACAAACACACCAGAGAGAGUGAAAAUGGAAAACAAAUGUAUUCAGCUCUUCGGUACCAUAUCUUCACAUGGUAUCAAAUAAUGUUUCUCAAUUUCCCUGUAUUUCUUCUUUUUUUCGUAUUCCUUAUAUUUUAUGUAUCCCUAAAUAGUUGAUCCGUUAAGAUUCUCUCCCUUAUUUUUUACAUUGAUUGAUUGGAUAUUUAAAUAGCUCUGGUAUCCAUACCCCUUUAGCAUGCUCACUGCGCUCUGAUUUUCUUUAAUCUUUUUAAACAAAAAUUUUUUUAAAAUGUUUCUUAAAUGAUUUUUUUUAUCAUUUACAAUUCUCCUUAAAGAUUAAGGCAAACUGUUCCAUAAUUUUGGCGCUAUCGUUUCAAAAGAGCGCACUCCGUAAGAAUUUUUUCUUAGUGUUCAUCCACACUAAGAACUCUCAGUAAGUACUGUGUUGAAGACCGCAGGCUCUUCAAGGAUACAUGUUUAUAAAUCAGUUCUUUAAGAUAUUCCGGUGCUGAGCCAUCUAUGCAGCUGUACGCCAGGUACAGAAUUUUGUAGUUAUUGCGCUCACUCACAGUAACCAAUGGAGAUCUCGUAGAACUGGGGUGAUGUGGUCAGAUUUCUUCAUCCGCGAUACAAUGCGUGCUGCAGUAUUUUUGUACCUUUUGGAGUGUCUGAAUUUGGUUCUGAGGUAAACCCCGCAAACAACUGUUACAGUAAUCUAAUCUUGACUGGAUUAGAGUUACCGCUCCAGCGGUGGCUGUUCUCCUAUUGAGUUGAGGACGCAGCUGACCCAGGGCGCGCAGAUGACAGAAGCAUGCUUUGACCACAGAUUGAAACUUUUCAAGCAAGACAUAAGUGUCUAGAUCCUGCACAGCACCAAUAUUUAUAGUCUUUCAACUCCUUUAAUUCUACUUCCGGCAACAAAAAGGAAAUCUCUUUUUUCACUGUAAUCUGACACUUAUUAUAUUUUUUUUGUCUUGUUUUCUGAUGAAGGCUCUUAGCCGAAACGUCAACCUUUUGUCCUGUCAAUGAAUUCAAGUUGACCAAACCUUGUCCUUAUAUUUCAUUUCACAACUUGAAUGCAGUCCAUCAAUUAUUAUCCCUACCAGUUAGAAAUUAAAUUGCAACCGAUUAAAAUAAUGUAAUAGCACAAAACAUGACCAAAGUCUAUAAAACUCAAUAGGAUCAAUCAGAAGUGUUUUGAUCUGAGGGGACUAAAUCCAAGUAUUCCUAUUUCCCGCACCAAUGUAAAAGGUUUUCUUGGAACAAAAGCUUGACAUAAUCGCCCUUUCCUCCAGGAACGUCAUUUGGGUAGGGCAGGGUGGGGCAUUUGCCCCCAACCCCCCACCCCGAAUUGGCAGGUUUUAUUUAAAUGCUAUGUACUAUGGCGCCUCCAGUAAUAAACAACUUAACAAGCCGACGAAGUUUUAGUUUUUCCCCCUCCCACUUGAAAAAACCUGAAAUGACGCCCCUGCUUCCCUCUUUCAUUUUCUCCUCAAACUUACAGUCUUAUAUAUGUUAAAUAUAUCUACUCUCUAACAAUAUUGUACAUGUACGCCUUUUCUAUUCUCUAAACCACCAUACAUAACAUUUUUUUAUUGCCGUUACACAAUUCCUAUAUAUUUCUUUUUAUUUGUGGAUGCACGCAUGAGUUUUAAAAGAAUUCUUAAUUUUAAUUCACGGCCUUCCAUUCUUACCCCCUGUGUCCUCGUAGUCCCUGCGAACUGUCCAGUUGGCUCCGACCAUUGAACACCAAGCUAAAGCUAUGGUCAGCAUGCUGGAGCGCUACAACUGGACGGCCUUCACCAUAGUUACAGGCCCUGUAUCUGGGAGCAGUCAGUUUGUCACCAGUAUUGAGAACAUGGUUGAGCAGAGCCAGAAGAAUGCCCUCAAGACCCCAGCACAUUCAAGAAAGGAGAGGUGAGAAACCGAGGGUGAGGUCUCGGCCUCAGGGGAGCGGCUACUUUCUUUUGUGUUAAAUACCUUUAAAAAUAUACCAAAUAAAAAAAUGGGGAAGGGGGGGGGGGGGGGGUGAUACGAAUGAAUCGAAGGGAUCGAUACUUUAUUGGAAUGCGGUUACAAUUCCAAUCAUCAAAAAUUUCGAUGCCAUGAAAAAGAAACCGAGGGUGAGGUCUCGGCCUCAGGGGAGCGGCUACUUUCUUUUGUGUUAAAUACCUUUAAAAAUAUACCAAAUAAAAAAAUGGGGAAGGGGGGGGGGGUGGGGUGAUACGAAUGAAUCGAAGGGAUCGAUACUUUAUUGGAAUGCGGUUACAAUUCCAAUCAUCAAAAAUUUCGAUGCCAUUUAAAUAUUAAAUUAAAAAAACAACAUUAUUUUAAAGAUUAAUUUAGAAAGUAAAAAAUAAUAUAAAUCUGCUUUUUAUCCGACUGCAUGAUCGAGGUUAACUGCCCAAAAGGGGCGUUUAUAAGGCCUCCCUCCUCUGGACCUUGGUAAAUUAUGCAGGGAUUUAAUUCGAGACCUCGCCAUGAUUAUUAGUAAUAAAAAAAUAAAGUUUAAAAAAUGUUUGAACAUUUAGAACUAAUCAAUAAAGAUAUUGAUAACAAACGAUUGCUAUUUCGCCAAGAAUGACACAAUAACUUUUUUAAAUUUUUCUUUCUGGAAAUCAAAUCAUCAAAUCCAGAAAUUGUUGAAACAAUUAAUUUUAGUAGGCCUUUAAUUAUUUUUUUAAAUGCGUAAUAUGUAAUUCUAAAAAAAAUAUGGACAAAAAAGUUUGUUGCAAUGCCAAAGCGGUCAAAAAUGGUGUGCAUUAAAGUUCAUCCAAAGCGAAAGCCAUUUUUAAAAUAAAAGAUGAUUUAUUUAUUUUUUACUUGCCUAUAUUGAUUUUGAAAAAAAAUGGGGGGGGGGGGGCUGGUUAUCCCCCCCCCACCACUAUGACGACCCCCCUGUUCUCCAAUCUAUUAGAAUGUCUAUUUUAGUGUGCAUUAAAGUUCAUCCAAAGCGAAAGCCAUUUUUAAAAUAAAAGAUGAUUUAUUUAUUUUUUACUUGCCUAUAUUGAUUUUGAAAAAAAAUGGGGGGGAGGGGGGCUGGUUAUCCCCCCCCCACCACUAUGAAGACGCCCCUGUUAUCCAAUAUAUUAGAAUGUCUAUUUUAUGACAUAAGCCCAACGUUGACAUAACUUGAUAUUCUUCACUUCAGUUUGAACAUUUUGUCCAUCAUCAACAUUCGUAAGCCAGAAGAUAUCCUUCCACAACUUGUCAAAGUCAAGGGCUCGGACACCCGAGUUUUUCUCUUGCACAGUGCGAGGUGAGAUUAAACCGUUUAUCUGAUUUAAAUAUGGCAUUUUCUGAACAUGGGCUCUUUUCUGAACAUUGGCUCUUUUCUGAACAUUGGCUCUUUUCUGAACAUUGGCUCUUUUCUAAACAUUGGCUCUUUUCUGAACAUUCGUCGUUUUCUGAACAUUGGCUCUUGUCUGAGCAUUGGCUCUUUUCAAAAAUAGCUCUUAUUUAUUUUUUAAACAUUAUUUUUCCCAUUUUUAUUUAUGCUACUUAUUUUGUGUCUUUUGCUAUGGAAUGGCACCAAUUAUCACAUCUGUGUAGUCCUUUUUUAAACAAUUCUUUUGGUUUGUUGAAGUGUAAUGGGAUGUGUAAGUGUGGCUGAAUCGAACGUUUUUAAUAGAGAAUGACGCACGUGCACUCCAGUAGGCAUUGCAUUCGUCCUCUAAAGUCAGACGACCAUUUUGUAAGAUAAUCAUAAGCGAAAACCUGGUUUGCCGAGUGGUUUAGAAGAUAGGAUCAUUUUCGUACAGGUGACUCUAAUAUUCGUGCCGGAAUGAUGUAGUGUGGACAUUUCUGCCCAUUAUUAAUGAGGAUUUAAAUUUUUUGGAACCUGCAGUCUCCGACGAAAGUCAAAUUCACUUAUCAGACAUCUCCCUCCAUUGAAAAAGUACCUUUCCAUUUUGAUUUCUGAGGAACACGUGUCUGCUGGGGCCAUACACCAGUGAGAUAUUCAUUUCCCAACUCAAAUGCCUAGCAUAUCUUCCCUUAGAUUUCUGGGAACACGUGACUACCUGGGCUAUGCACCGUUGACGGAAGCAAGCUCGCGUUCAAGAUGCAGGAUUUUCAGUGCUGUUAUUUUUGGCUCAUGCUGAACAUCAUGUGUAGCCUCUUCCUUAUUAUAUAAUGUGUAUCCUCUUCCUGAGGAUAUACAUUAUUUAAAUGAUUAAAUAGUCUCCUUUCCGUUUUAUUAUUGUGUCUGAUACUCCUGUUUACUUUAAAAACAAUCGGGUACGGUUUCAAUAGCUUUUAAAAAUUAUUAUUUUCUUAAGAUUUGAGAUGGGGAAAAAUGUUGAAAUCACUAUUACGUUUAUCAUAAUGUGUGUAUUAUAUUCCCAAAUAGUUCCAUGGCACUAGAUAUAAUCCAGACUGCCAGAACGCUGAACCUCACAGAUAAAGACUAUGUAUGGAUUCUAACAAGAACUGCCAUUCCUAAUGCUAGAGAGGGUCCUAGGUCAUUCCCAGUUGGUCUCAUGGGUUGGUUCGUUAUCUUUUAACCUGUUUCACUUGAAUAUUUUAACAGUCUUAAAGCAUUCAAAAUUUACAUUUGCCGUUUUUGAAUAUGCUUGAUCUUAUUUAAAGUUACAAGCAGGCACGCAGGUUAAAUAUUUGAACAAUUUAGUCAAAGCAAGAAAGAAAAAUAGUAUAAAUCUAAGUUGGUAAUUUUUAAAUUUUAGUCGUGAAAUAAGUAUAGUGUCUUGUACUGAAGAAAUGCUAUUCCAGUCUGUAUACCCAUUGUAAGACAUAAAGGCUAACUAAACAGCUCAGAUUUAAACUAUUUUUUGGUAGGUCUCAACCAGCGUGUACAAAUAUUAGAAAACAGUUAAAAUGUUUCAAAAUUGUAUGACAGUUAGCAGUAUUUAACUAUUCUUGUGUCAACAGGAAUCGACUUUGAUUUUGAACUAACAGCCAUGAGACAGGCGUUGAAAUGGGGCAUAAUGAUAUGGCUCAACGCCCUGGCUGACAUGGCUAAGACGCAAGGAUUGCUAGCAAAUAUGACCAUUCCACCAAAGUUCUCAUGUGAUUCUGACAAGGAGCCUUUUUGGAGAGAUGGAGAAAUAUUAUAUAGGUAAGCCUAUAGGAGCCAGAAUGAUCAAUUCAUUGAUCGUGGGCCCUCAAAAUAAAGAAGAAGAAGCCUGGUAUCCAUAUGUUAGAAUAUUAUAUAGAUAAGCCUGGUAUCCAUAUGUUAGAAAUAUUAUUUAGGUUAACCUGCUAUGCACAUGUUAGAACUAUUAUAUAGGUAAGCCCUGUGUCCAUAUGUUAGCAUGUGAUUUACCUGAGAUUGUUUAUAAAAUUUCAAUAAGAAAUUGAAUGAAAAAAAAAAGAAAGGUUUUUCUUCUUCCUCUAUAUUUUGAGGGCCCGUGAUCAAUGUAUUGAUCAUUCUGGCUCCUAUGUUUGUAGAGGGGUUCACGAUGUAACUGUGCAUGGUUUUGAAGAGUAUAUUUCACUGGUUGCAAGGGCUACUCAGCGAUGGUAUUAAGAAUUGGGGGUUGCCAGACGGGAGGCAAUAGAUGCAAAUGCGUCAAGUGUAGUCGCCUCAACUGUUGCUUUCCAGUCCCUUAUUGUCUUUGGAAGAAUGAGGAGUUAUGUACUGAGUAAUUAGAUUGUUUGUUUUUUUUAUUAGCCGGAAUUGCCUGUUAUGGUCUAGGGGGAGAGGGAAGAAGUUAUGUUUAAUGCUGGAGGAGUGUACCUGCCCAUUUUCUAUUUUGAACAUCACGGAAAGCCUGGAUAGUCGUCGUUGUUCCUCCAGUGGUGACCAGGUCAGUGUUUCCUACGUGCUGCCAACACAUGAGGUGUUCAUGUGGCGGUUCAGGACAUAGCGUGCUGCCCGCUCUGGACCGCCUCCAACCUGUCGAUGCUCUUCUGGGUCCCAAACUGAAGAGGCAUAAUCUAAAAUCGGCCGGACAAAGGCUUUAUAGGCUUUCGAUUUUGCCUUAGGAAACUUGGAGUCUUGUUUGCCAAAUUGCACACAUUGUUAAUGUGCUCAUCCCAGCGGACCUCUCUUUUAAUGGUAACACCGAAUUAUCUGACGGAGCGAACUGGCCAAGGAAUAUGUCCAUGCAAUUGGUAAGGGUGGUGUAGCCUUGGAUCUACUUCUGGAAACUGACAGGGUCUAGCACUUGACGUCAUAAAAUUCCAUGUCCCAGCUCAUCUCCCACUCAGCUAACCGAUGGAAGUCCUGUUGUAGCUGGUUCUGUCAGAACUUUUGGCGAUCGUCCUGUACACCGCCGUUUUGUCUGUCAACAGUCUUGCAUGGGAUGUCAGCUUCUCUGGCAGGUCAUUGAUAUAUAUGAAAAAACAGGGGCCUAGCACAGAACCCUGGGGGACCCCUGACUUAACACCGACAGAGGAGGAGGUUAUGCCAUCUAUCACCAUCUGCCAUCUAUUGUAAACUUUGCUAUGACUUAAUUCAGGAUUCGCCUAUAUUGGGUAAUAAAAAAUAAUUAAAUAUAUUAGCUGGCCUUCUAAUAGUUAGCAGUUUACUAACCAAAAAGAACAGACCAUUUCACUGAAACUUUGAUAACUUUUAAAUCAUGUCUAAAAGCCUACUUAAAGGCAUAUUUCUUUAUAGAAGGGAACAUUUUGUUCGAAUACUGCAAAGACAUUUUAUGUUUUAGGAGGGAAGCAAAAUGUGGCUCUUAUUUUUUUUUAAAUUAUCAGUAAUAUAGAAUUUGCUUCUGUAAUUAAAAAUAUUUGUUUCAUUGAUCAUUUAUUUAAUUAAUAUUUUAAGUUUAAGAUAGGUCAUUAUAAAUUUAGAUCGCCGUUUUUAUUUUGAAAGAAUUUCCACAUUUUAGUUUUUAUAAUCUCUUUUUAAUUAUUUUUUUUAAAUUUUAACAACAAUUAAUGCACCAGGAUCUCAUCAAAAUUAUGAAUAUAUAUUUUUUAAAUUAAAAAAGUUCACGGUUGACAUGUAAACGACAUAAAUAUAUAUAAUAUUAAUAUUGGCUUUAAGAUUAAGACUGUCAGUGACUGAUAUGAACAUCUUUUGAUAAGAAAAAUAUCUGUUAUUUUUUAAAGAUAAAAAUAACAUGAAACUUAACUCAUUACAUUUAAUAGAAAUACUCCACUGUUUGGUCCAUGAUUCUGUACUGCUUAUUUCAACAUUGGUAAAAUUUAGAUUUAAAACCCAAUACCACACAAUUAAAGUUUCAAUAUAGUCAGGACUUUUUAUUACUGAAAAUAUAAUUUGUCCAGAAGAAACAUUUCUGAGCUUUAAAAUUCAAUUGUAUGCCGCAUGCCAAAACCAAUAAAAACCUUAAAGGUAUGUUAAAUACAUAAAAAAAAUUUGAACAUCAUUGCUUUAUGUUGUUUUUUUUUUUACAGGCACAUGUUGAAGGUAAAUAUACUUGGUGAACCACAAAUCAAGUUCAAUGAAAAUGGAACACUCCAGCAGACAGAUCUUAUUAUUGUUAACUUACAGUGGAUUGUUGGCGGCAAAAACAAAACAGAGUGGAAGCAGGUUUGUAUUUAGGAUCUUUGUGUUAACUCUUUAAAAAAAAUGAAAAUAAUUACUUUAUGAGAAACCCUUAAAAUUUAUUCUUUAAACAUUAAUUUUAAUCAAAAACAAAUUCUUAUAUCCCAGUAACAAGCUUAAAAUAGUUCAAACAUUAACAAAAUUUCAAACAAUAUAUUUUGAUCCAUUUUCGGACCUAACCUGUAAGCUUCUUCAAUAUAAAUGUGUAAACAUUGUUGAAAUUUCUGAAAUAUUUUAGUUUUACAUAUAAAAAAAAUGAAUUGUAUGAAUUUGAUAGUUUUCUUUCUGUUAAAAAUAUAUUAAAAGUUUGGUUAUAAAAUAGAUUUUUUUCCAUUUUAGGUAGGACGGUGGACAUUGCAUGGAUUGAAAAUGAAUGAAAUAGUGUGGCCAGGAGAAUCAACAGUUCCUCCCACUGGCAAGCCAAAAAGAGCUUUUCUACGAGUGGCAACUUUGAAUGAACUUCCUUAUGUCAUUUAUAGAAAUCUUAGUGAAAAUGGAGGAUGCGAGGAAAAGUCCCUUCCCUGUCAAAUAUACAACAGAAAUGAUAAAAAAGAAAUGUAAGAGAAAUAGUUGGGCUUGAUUUUUGAAAAAUUAUUGUUUUUUCAUUUUUUCCUUAAAUAAUUAUUCUGAUGUUAAAUUAUUUCAUUUAGUAUCUUGUAAAAUUAUUGAAAUUGCACAAUAAUUAUUCAGUCCAGACUAAAAAAAAAAUUGUUCUUCUUUUGUUUGAAAAAGUGGGAUAAAUCUUAAAAAAGUUGGAAGCUUUGUGUCACCUGAAAACAUUUUAGACUCUUUAAAACAAGUAACCUGGUUCACGUACAAAUUUCAUAAUACUUAGGCCUACAAUAAAAAUGAGGAGUUGGUAUAGAAUUUUGUGGGAAUUUAAAAGCAUAAGUUUGUUUCUCUUUUUUUAAAAAAACAAAAUAACAAUAUUUUUUUUUCCACUUAAGAUAUUUAAAGCUAUUAUAUAAUUAAACACAAGUGGUGAUUGGUUUGUUCAAAAUUUGUAUUUAAGCACAAGUAAUGUGACAAUAGCAAAAUGUUGUGCCGGGCUAAGUAUGGACCUUUUGAAGAUUCUCAGUGAUCAACUAAACUUUGACUACGAAAUUAAAGAAGUCAUUGAUGGGAAGUGGGGCGUUCUAAUCAACAAGGUAGGAAACAGAAGCAUAUGAAAUUUAGGCGAGCUUUUUGUUUUAUUACUUAUUAUUAGGACAAUAUAUUAAAAAAACACACAUUUAAAAGUGGAACAAGAACAAAGAUCAGAUCACAUAGAUUUACAAAUUACGACUUCUAAAUAUAAUAAUGUUCUUGAAACAUUUAUACUUAAAUAUAUUUGCAAUCAAUUUAAGUUCCUGAGUGAUGUUUUUACAACAAAAGAUUAAUCAGUCUAAUCCAUUUUAAUUAAUGAUUUCACUCUGAUUAAACAAACGUAUGUGUGUUUUUAAUAGUUAUAUAAAUGUAUCAAGUAAUUAUAUAGCAAAAUUUAGAUUUUGCACAGAGCUCUAAAUAACAUUUUCUUUUUUUUGUCUACUAUAAUUAGAUCAUUUAUAUAACUUUCAAACUAUUUCCACAGACUACAAAUGCAUGGAAUGGAUUAGUUAAAGCACUGCUCAACAAUGAGGCAGAUAUUGUCAUGACAGCAUUCAAGAUUAACCCUGAGAGAGCCAGUGCUGUUAAUUUCUCAGUUCCUUAUUUGGAAACAGGAAUAAAAAUAAUUGUUGCCCUUCGUGAUGGUGCCAUAUCACCCACUGCCUUUCUAGGUAAGCCCCUAAAUUGUUAAUUGAAAUGUAAUAAGAUUUGAAUUUAUUUUCUGGGGAUACCAAUAUUUUUUAAAUUGUCUUUGUUUAAAUAUUUUGGUUAAGCAUUCUUAAACUAAAUACUUACAAACUUGGUGCUGACUUUGCUUGUUUGCUUUAAAAUCAGGCCAUUUAAAAUAAGAAUAACUAAAGCUAAUUAUAUGUAGUUCUAUGAUGUUGAUUAUUCUUUUGUUACUAGAUAUAUUUAAAUUUUCACUGUUACCAUCUUUAAGGCUAAAAAUAUAAUUUGUGUUAAAUAUAACGCUGUUUAACUCUCUUUGAUGUAAAAAAAACAAUAAUAACAUCCAGUGUAGAGUAAACUAAACACAUUUCAGAACCUUUUGACUUUUUCUCAUGGAUGUUGAUCAUGUUACUAUCUGUGCAUUUUAUGGCAACGGUCAUCUUCCUCUGUGAAUGGGCCUUGCCCAAGAAUACGAGGGCGGAACAAGGUAGCCAAGGCAAAUUAUUCAGGCAAAAUACCUGUGUUUUAAUCAUUUCUAAAAUAUUGCAUUACUUUGCACAUUGAUAUAGAUUGCAUUGCCCCCUCUACCCUAAAUAUCUUUUUUUCUAAUUCAUUUUGUAUUUCUUUCUCUUUAUUUUUUAAAAAAUAGAAGUUUAUUACUAUAUAUUAAUGAAUAUGUUUUAGCUGUUUUUUUUCUUUUGAGAGUAUUUAAAUCUAUUUUAGUUAUCCAACAUGUAAGGUAAAAUUGUAAUUAUCCAUAAAGUGGUACAUUCUACUUAGAUAACUAAUAAGAAAAUACUAAAUUGAUUCCUUGUUUUAUCAGUUAAUAUUUAAGCAAUGGCCCCAAUAUUAUGUAAGUUCUUCAAAAACAUUUCUCUUAAAAGCUAUUUAAAUUGUUUUUAAAAUAUUUAAUUGUUAUUUUGGCUAAAUCUCAAAUAAUAUUUUGCAGCUUAAACAGUUAUUUAUUUUAAAGAAAAUUCUGUUUUAUUUCAAACUAAUUUCAUUUCAUUUUGUUUAAUUCUUUCACCCAAAACCAUGUUCUAUUAAAUUCUUAAUUAAUUUAUGUUGAACAAUAUAUCACACGAAUUGUUGUAAAAAUCAUGCCUUAAUAAAGUGUUGUUUUUACGAACCAAAUUUCCAUCAUUGUCUAUCCAACUUGUAGCCUUUAUUUUCCCCUGGCUUGGUUUUGGACUGUUAAUUGUUUUAUAUUCCCAUUGGACCCUGUUUUGACUUUCAUGAUUACAAAAGAAAGCGAUAGAAAGGAUUUUUUAAAUUAAAUAUUAAAAUACAUCAUUAUAAGACUUGACAAAAAAAGAACUAAUAAUUCCUUCAGUUUCACAUUUUGAAACAACUACAAAAACACAUAAGUUACCUGAAUAUCAGAAAAUGAUUUAUAAUACAAUCCAAGUUAUAGGUUUACGUCUUGCUCAAAACAUUGGAAACCAAUUUGUCUUAUUAAAUUAAAGACCAUUUUAUCAAUCAUUUAACAACUAAAUGAAAACAUUUUAUUUACACACUCAAACAUACAUUUCUGCAAUUAAAAUUUGACUGAAUUUGUGUUGACAAUUGAUAAAUUUACUACCAGUCACAAAGCUAUUUAUUGCAGUGGCUCCAUGACCAUUCUGGUUUAUGGCGCCUUUCAACAAAAAACUAAGGGAUGGAGCUUUUUAUGCUCUGAAUGCUUGAAUGGCUUGCCUUGCUAUCUUGUUCCAAUCUUUUAGCAAAAUGUUUAUGACAUUUUUAAAAAAGUUGCUUUUUUAACUUACUGUCUCUUGCAGGCAUUUUCAAUACUCGAAUGUCUCCCCAUAUUCCUAUACUUUUUAAAAGAGACCUUUCUCAGCUCAGUUAUUACCUAUUAAGUUCAUGUAAUGAAGUUUUAUAAAUAGUUCAACUUUUCCCCAUGUGGUCCACUGUAUGCCUACUAUAACAAUGAAUCUAGGAAUCACCAGAGAACACUACACACAUAUAAAACUUGACUUUGGAUGUUACUUUUUCUUCUUUAUGCACGUGAAUUAACAGAACCCUACGACUAUGCUUCCUGGUCACUUAUCCUUAUCUUCAGUGUUCACGCCACUGGGUCAUCCAUCCUCAUCUUUGAAUGGUUAAGUCCAUAUGGGCUUAACCGUGGACACACGCCUAUGCGAGGUAACUGAGGUAAAACUCAGGUAGUAAGUUUAUAAGAUUUUAUUUCCCCUUAAAGAAGAUAUUCUAAAGAAGAUAUAUUUUUUUACCAUUUCCAUACCAGAAUUCAGUUAAGUAAGGCUUAGAUAAAAGAAAGAGACGCUUUGUUUUUAUAUUUAAAAAUAACAGUGUAAUAGCAGAAACCAAACAUCUCUUUGUUUUUAAAAGCUCACAUCUUCAGAUAAACUUUCUUAAGCUUUCUUUUACAUUUCUCACAAACCGCUGUGUUGUUACAACAUCAAUUAUUAGACUUAUUAAAGGGUGUAUUUUCAUUUACUACACAUAUUACAGCUUUUAAAAGCACCUUAUCUUAGAAAGCUGAGAAGAUUUAAGACUAAAUGCCUAUCAUGUAAUGGGUAAAUUUUAAAAGAUACUUAAAAUCAGUAAAUGAAUAUUACAUUCUUGUAAAAGAAUAUUGUCAGUAGAUGUAAAUUCUUGGGACAUCAUCUUGUGUAAUUUAUUUGCUUCUUAAAAUUAAUCAUUAAAAUAAACUCUCAAAUUAACCAUCUUGCAAAUAAAUUAAAUAUAAAUCUAAUGCAAAGUUAAAAUAUUUCUUAGAGCAAAGUUUUAAUGUCCAUAAGACUAACAAUGGAUUUAUUUCUCUAUGAUUUUAUAUAUCUAUUUUUAAUUGCCUUUACUCUUUUGACGAUUCUAGUUAUUAUCUGUCAUAUUUCCUAAGUGUUAAUAGAUUAAGGGUACAAUUUAUGUAAUCCCAUAUUGAAUGAAAAUGGCUUACUGAGCACGCACGCAUCAUUAUUUUAUCUUCAGAUCUGUGCAUUUGAAUUUUAAUUAUGUAUGAUUGUAGUAAAGAAACAUUUUUUUAAGAAUUCAAAAGACUUGAAAAUUUAAUUACUCACAAACUUCAAUUUGCAUUCUGAUAUUAUUAUAUAAAAAUCUAAAGCAUAAGACUAUCAAGAAAUAUUAAAAAUAUUUUUUUUAAACUUUCUAUAAUAAAUAUUGUGUAAAAAGUCAAAUUGUAUUUGCCUUUUUUACAGUUACUCCUACUAACUGAUAGUUUGUAAAAUUUAUUAAUCUUAGCAUUUUGAAGUUAUAAAGGGCCAGUUAGUAUUAUUAUGUAUUUUUUAAUUUGACAUGUAAUAGUAUUUAUUUCUUUACUCUUCUGCGAUCUAAUCUUUUAAAAAUUAUUAAAUAUGCAAAAAGGUAUAUGCUAUUAAUAACACUUUUACUUAUCGAUCAAGUUAAAAACAUGAAAAACAAUGUAAUAAAUAAAUUAAGAUUUUGUUGGACAAUAUGAAAAGAUAUUUAAUUAAUUUCUUUAAAAAAAUUAUUUCUUGGAAGUAAUUUACCAGCUUGUUUUUUUUUUUUUUACUAUUUUAGCUUAGAGAAGUUUAAUUUUGAAAGAACAUUUAUAAAAAUAAUUCAGUAAAGUUAAAUUUCAGAACAUAAAUUCGAAACUCAAUUUAUUAUUUAAUUUUUAGAAGAUAUGUUUAAUUGGAAGUAAUUUACCAGCUUGUUUUUUUUUUUUUUACUAUUUUAGCUUAGAGAAGUUUAAUUUUGAAAGAACAUUUAUAAAAAUAAUUCAGUAAAGUUAAAUUUCAGAACAUAAAGUCGAGACUCAAUUUAUUAUUUAAUUUUUAGAAGAUAUGUUUAGGUAUAAAGAGGCAACCUACUUAGAAAGCAUUAUCCAAUCUUUUUAGAUAUUGACAUGUAUAUAUUAACUCAAUUUAGUAUAAUAUUCACUGCAUAUACUGUUUUGCUAAGCAAGAAAAACAAUUAAGAAUUUUAUCAUCAAGGAACAACAGCAUUUAUAACUUUUAAUAAAAAGCAAAAUUGUAAUAUUUCUCACUAAAACCCAUCUUUAUAAUUUUAGAUCACAAGUUUUCACUUUUCCGAUCAUUCUGGCUUAUCUGGGCAAUGUUAUUCAGUACAUCAGUUCAAACUGAUACACCAAAGGGCAUUGCCAGCAGAUUUCUAGCAAAUAUCUGGGCUUUAUUUGCUCUGGUCUUCUUGGCAUCCUACACUGCAAACCUGGCUGCCUUUAUGAUCACUAAAGAAGAGUUCUAUGACUUAUCUGGUAUUCAAGAUUACAGGGUAAGCUUUUUUCAUUAUAUGAUAAGCAUACCAAUAUUGCUUAUUGAUAAAGCUGUUUAAGGCAUCCAUUAUUUAUAAACCUGUUUAAAAUAAACUAGGCCUAUAAACAUUGGCAUUUGUUCAACUUCUAUUUUACCACUUUAGUUUUGUUAAAUAAAAACUUUAAAAAUGGAUUCAAUUUAAUUCAAUGGUUUUUUUAAGCUUCAAAAUCCAUACACAAUGAAGCCUCCCUUCAGAUAUGCUACAAUACCAAAUGGAAGCACUGAGGCCAACAUUAGGGCCAACCAUAAGGACAUGUACAAUUAUAUGAAGGCAUUUAACCAACCUGAUGUUGAUGCUGGGAUAGCUGAACUCAAGCAAGGGUAAAAGUUAGGAUUUACAUGAUAAUUAUAUUUUAUGUUUGUUAUAAAUAUGUAUAAUGAAAUGUUCAUUUAAGUCACAGCAAUUUGUUUAAACACUUACUGACAAACAAACAAAGAAAUGGUGACAGUCGAUCUACUACACAUUUUUUGGAAUAAAUACAUUUAUAAUUACAAAUUAGCCUUAAUUCCAACUGUAAAUUUACAUAUUUUUGAAAGGUCAUAUAAAGCUUUUUAUAACAUUUCUAUUUUAGGAGAAUUCAAGCUUUUAUUUAUGACUCCUCUGUUUUGGAAUAUUAUGCAUCUCGUGAUCCCAAAUGUCGACUUGUAACUGUAGGAAACCGUUAUGCUAUGACUGGCUAUGGUGUAGGUUUCCCACCAAAUAAUAAACCAUCAAGGAACCCAUGGAUCGACAAGUUCAACAAACACAUUUUAAAGCUUCAAGAAAAUGGUAAAUUUAUGUUGCUACAGACUUAGCAGAAAUUUAGACUAAACAAAAAAUUUCAAUGGUUUAUCCAUUUUUGUGUUAAUUUUAGAAAAAAACAACUAAAAUAAUUCAUUUUAUUUAUAUUUUUCUCUGUAUGAUGUGGAAUAAUUCCAAUCAAAUAAAUAAUUAAGAUAUAAUAAAUAGAAACAGUUCUUGUCGUACAAAGAUCACUGUUAAGAUUCACUUAGAUUUAUAUAGGAGCACAUUAUUUUAACAUAUUCUUCUAAAGUAUUUUAUUCAUGACAGUUACCUUGCCAUAUUUCAUAAUUCUUAAACUUUGUAUUAGAGAAUGACAUAGCAGAAUUAAUUAUAGAAAUCUGCAUGAUUUAUAAUAUUUCAGUGAACUUUUCUUUUUAAAAAAAACCCUUCUGUUAUAUAUUUCAUAGGUGAUAUGGAUCGUCUGCAGAAAUUUUGGCUCGCUGGGGCUUGUGACACCAAAAAAGAGAAGGGCGUGUCAAAUCGGACUCUUGGCAUUUUGAACUUUACAUCAGCAUUUAUUCUGUUAGGAAGUGGUGUCUUACUGGGUCUUCUAAUUUUGAUAUUUGAACAUCUUUACUUCAAGUUUUGUCGUAAACGAUUGAGAAAAUGGGAUAAAUGCGGAUGUUGUGCUUUAGUCUCUUUGGUAGGUUUUCAUUAAAAUUUCCUAAAACUGUUGUUUGAAUCUAGCAUUAAAAGCUUUCUGGUAGUCUUUCAGCCUAACUUUUUAAUUAUUAACUACUUUGUGGAUUACAUCAUACUAUUUUCUCCAGAGGAAAUCUGAGUUUAAAAAAAUAAUUAAAAGCAAAAAAUAGUGGAUGAAUCUGAGUGGGUUAGUUUUGGAGUAAAUUUUGGAUGCUUUCUCACCACUGCUCUUAAUUUAAAGAAAGCAUGUAAGUUUCUUCAUCGAUAGAAAACAUACGCUGUUAAUAAUAAAGGUUCUCCACACCUUCAUAAGAGACCUGUUAAAUGCCAAAUUGUGACCCUUUGCCACAUCACAGUUUUUGGUAUUUGGAUAUUCAUUGCAAUUUAAAAUACUUUCCAUUUUUUUUUUCAAUCAAGCAACUUCAUUACCCCUUAAAUAGAUGAGACAUCUCCAUCGUUUGCAGAGCCCAUGCAAUUGCUCUGCUUUAUACCUAGCUAUGUGCCUGAUUAAGAUUUUAGUAUAUAUUAUUUCCAUGCAGUAUUACCCACCCCCUUUAAAAAUAUUUUUAUUUACCGUUAAAAUGUCUUGCUAUUAUUCAACUAUUUAUUCAUUUAGGAUAUAAUCUUUCAAUAGAAGACCUUAUCAAAUCUCCUCAUAAUCACCAGCCUCCUAAAAACUUCAUAAAAUAUUUCUUGCUUUCUACCACCCCACUCCACACUGUCAGCAGCUUCUGCAUACAUUCAUUUAUUCUAGUUUAUUUAGCUUUGCAUAGUUUUAAACUGCUAAUUUUUUUUUUUUUUACUGUAAAAUAAUUUUCAUGUAAACCAGCAUAUCUAACUUGACCGAAAUUGAUAGUAUUGAAAUUCUAAUUGGUUGAUUUCAGAGCAUGGGAAAAUCCCUUCAGUUUAAAGAUUAUGUUGAUGAGGCAAUGAGUGCUUAUUCGAAGACACGCUGCAAGAAUCCUGUGUGUGAAAUCCAGAUAUGGAAGUUGAGACACCAGCUGGACAUGGCCUUAUUAAAGAUUGAUCACCUGCAAAAUCAAUUAUGGUAAAUAAAUAUUUUUGGCUUUCUUUGACAUGUAAUGAGCCAGGAAAUAAACACAACAGCUCAUAUUUGGGAUAUAAAAAUCUUAUCAGUGCAAGGUGAAGACUUAUGUGCUUUUUCUGUAGGGGUUUAACGUGGGUGGGGGGGGGGGGGGGUAUAUUAUAUUAUUUAUUUAAAUCACUUUAAAUGCAGUAAAAGCUCCAACAUAAAAGAAAGUCUAAUGGGCCCAGCUGAAAUUGCCAUACUAAUAAAUACUAUAAUUUAAAAUAGAAUAAACACAACAGCUCAUAUUUGGGAUAUAAAAAUCUUAUCAGUGCAAGGUGAAGACUUAUGUGCUUUUUCUGUAGGGGUUUAACGUGGGUGGGGGGGGGGGGAGGUAUAUUAUAUUAUUUAUCUAAAUCACUUUAAAUGCAGUAAAAGCUCCAACAUAAAAGAAAGUCUGAUGGGCCCAGCUGAAAUUGCCAUACUAAUAAAUACUAUAAUUUAAAAUAGGCUUAGAUUUCUGACAUGUUUCUUUAUAUUUGUUAUAUUUUCAGAAAUGUAAUGAAAUAUUUAGAUGUUUAGUUAAACCUCCCUCACCCCAAUCCCAAACCAAAGUUUAAAAAAUCACUUUUUAGACAAUUCAAUAUUUUUUAAACAUUUAGUAACCAUCAGUGUCAGGAUAUAAUUAAUAAUUGUCAAGGACUGUGAAGAUAAAAAUAAUUUUGUGAGCAAACUUUAAAAAAAAAAUGUAUAAAUGUUUAAUUAUAGACUAAUAGUUAUCUCUAUAUUUACAAAACAUAACUGCUUUCUUCAGUGAAAUAAGUGGUGAAUUUCUACCCCUGAUGCCAUCCUCUACAGUGGAAAAUGAAAAACGGACUGAACAUCAACAGCAAAAGCCUUUGGCUGUCCGAGCUAAUGGUAUGCAACAGUCCCAGCAUUACAAAACUGAAAAAUCUAAUCACAGACAAGGCAAAAAAACAGCAUCAAAAUUACCUUCUCAAUCGGCCAUUGAUCUUCCAGAAGUGUCUUUCCUGAGAAGCCUUGAGCUUCGUGAUGGUGGCAACUUCAUUGAUAAGUUUGAAGAAUACAUAGAAAAUUAUGAAAAGCCAGACAGCUCACCUGUGGCCGAUCACUUUUCUGAUCCUCUUUUGCCACCCCCUCCGCAGGGUGAGUCACCACUCCUGGGUAGCAGUGCCUGCAAUGAUGACACUGGUGGUGGAGGCAGCAGUUAUGGUGGGGACACUUUCCUCGGAUUUGAUGAUUUUCACAGUGAGAAUGCUGGCUCAAGAAGUGCAAGUGUUUUAGCUGGUAGAAUGGCAGCAAUGGGUUCAUCACCCGGUAAUGUCUUAAGACGCACACCCAGUUACACCUCUGCAGUGGGGAGAGAUAAUGGCUUGGACAGUGCAAGUGACAGUUCUCCUAAUAUGACCGGAAGAGUGAGACAAUAUGAUGGGAAAACAUAUGUUGGAGUGGACAGCAGCAGUACAGUCACAUGA